AUGGCGCCACCAGUAUUAGACCCUGAGGACUCCCGCAAGAUGUCGGCUCAAGCGAGUGACGUUGUCCCAACGCUGAUGAGCCUACCACCCGAGAUCCUCGAAAUCAUCUUGAGAAAAGUUUUCUCUGACCGAUGUCUACACGCCAGCAUGCGGCGUUUUCCCAGACUGAAUAUAAUGCUUCCCAAAGCUAUUCUGGUAUCGAAGGCGUACUUCAAGGUCGCCAAACAUGCAGCGUUACAAGACUCGAUGAUCAUUGUCAGAGACACGUGUUAUUUCUGGUCCAAGGACUGGCUCGAUGAGACUCUCGACAUCACAGUCUGCACAGACUUUCAGACCAUACAGUACCUCACCAUCCUCAACAUGAAUCAAAGCACCGACAAGCCCUACAUCGAGGUUCUGGAAGCCGUGCUCGAUGCUGUCCCGAACUUGCGGAGACUAGUUCUGGGCGCACUGAAUACCGUACGUCUGCAACGGGACGACUUCAUAUGUUUGCGACAGGAGCACUUCAGCUACGUGCCCGACGAUGAGUCGUGCACCGAUAACCUUGGUAACGUUGCCGUCGCUCUCCAUUCAAAGGGCGCCCUGGCCAUCAAGACUAGCUUCAUGGCACACUUCCUUCCAGACCGGUAUCCGUGGGACCCCUACGGGUGCUUUCUCGCUGCCGCUAUAGAGACAUGGUUGGUACAGGACGUUGGUGUUGAACUCUGUUUGGAGGCAGAGGUCGGAGGAGAAGUGGGCGGAGAAGACCCAGACCCUUUCUGGCAACCUUUUUGCUUGUGGGCUGCACGUCUGAACCUACGUCGAAAUACUUUGUCCAUCAUACCAGCAUGUGAGAACUCGAGGCAUGUUGAGGGUGGCGAGCCAGAGAGCAUGAUGAAGAUGGAUCCAUCGUUUUUGUUGGAUAGCCUCAAGAGUCCGAUAGCUCAGGGAAGACUCCGUGCGUAUAAGGCAGAGUACAGAAAAGACUAG